CUGUUGAUGUUUAUUUAGUCCAGUUACAAAGAUGAUUAUGGUAGGAUUGUUAAUCGCGUUGCUGCUCGUACUGAUUUACGUAUACGUAAGCAAAAGGCAGAGUUUUUGGAAAAAUAAGGGAGUGAAGCAUAUCAAACCAGUAUUUUUGUUUGGGGAUAUAUUCAGGACUGCAACUCAACAAGAAAACUUUUCAGCAUUUAUCCACAGACUUUACAAUCAAUUCAAGAAUGAAAGGUAUUUUGGAUGUUAUCAAUUUACAACGCCGAUAUUAAUAAUCAACGAUUUGGAGCUCAUCAAAAAGAUUGGUAUAAAAAGUUUUGAUCAUUUCCACGAUCAUCCAGGAUUUCCUAGUGAAGAAAUUGAUCCGUUAUGGAGCAAAAAUCUAGCGGCAAGCACUGGUGAAAAGUGGAGGAAAAUGCGCACCACUUUAAGUCCGUCUUUUACCAGCAGCAAAAUGAAAUUAAUGUUUAAUUUGAUAACGAACUGCGCCGAGGAAUUUGUGCUUUACUUCAAAGAGCAGCAGGAGGAUGUCAUUACUGUAGAGAUGAAAGAUAUUUUCACGCGUUAUACCAAUGAUGUUAUAGCAACUUCGGCUUUUGGUAUCAAGUGCGACUCGUUGCGUAACAAAGACAACGAGUUCUACAAGAAGGGUUUGAUUGCUACGGAUUUCAGUGGACUCGCAGCAUUGAAAUUAUUAAUAUAUCAAGUUAGCCCUAUGCUUACGAAGCUGCUGAAGAUCAAGAUAAUCCCAGAGAAAGCGACUAACUUCUUCGGAAAAGUGAUUAAGGAUUCAAUUAAAAUGCGUGAAGAGCAAGGCAUUGUUAGGCCGGAUAUGAUUCAUUUGCUGAUGGAGGCUAGGAAAGGAAACAUGCAUGAUGAGAAUGUCGAAGCUCCUGAGGGAUUUGCCGCUACUGAAGAAGGAACUAAAGUUAGUAAUAACAAGCAAAUGGAGAUCACCGAUGAAGAUAUUAUCGCUCAAGCUUUGAUAUUUUUCUUGGCUGGUUUUGAUACCUCAUCGACUCUCAUGUGCUACGUAGCUUACGAGUUAGCUAUCAACCUCGAUAUACAAGCAAAAUUGCGCGAAAACAUUAUGAGCACCGAUGAGAAAUGCAAUGGAAAAAUUACUUACGAAGCUUUGAUGAAGAUGAAGUAUUUGGACAUGGUCAUUUCUGAAACGCUGAGGAAAUGGCCACCAACACCAGCAACUGACAGAAUUUGCGUUAAAGAUUACACCAUUCCUCCUGAGAGACCAGACGAAAAACCAUUGGUCCUUGCAAAAGGAAGUACAAUUUGGUUUCCCAUUUACGGCUUGCAUAGAGAUCCCAAUAUUUUCGAAGAUCCUGAACGUUUCGAUCCUGAAAGAUUCAGCGAUGAAAACAAAAGCAAAAUUGAUCCAACUUCUUUCAUUAGCUUUGGAAUCGGUCCAAGAAAUUGCAUUGGAUCCAGAUUCGCUUUGAUGGAAACCAAGAUUUUGAUUUACCAUAUUAUUAAGCAUUUUGAGAUCGUACCAGUGAAGAAGUCAGUCAUUCCUGUGGUCCUCAGUAAAAAGCAUUUCAAUAUGACCGUGGAAGGUGGAAUGUGGUUUGGACUUAAAAAAAACUUGAAGCUUAAAUAGUUUCUUCUUUGAAAGAAGAAGAGUGUAUAAUUAAAUUGGUUUUCUUUUUUAUUAAAUUAAUACGAGUCGUUAACUCUUUGUUCCAAGUAGUUCCAAUAAUAAUAUAAA